GCCAGGAAGAUGUUGUUCCCCUUCCUUGUGGCUGCUGACGUGGCCGCCGUGACAACCAUGAGACCGGCAGGGCCAGCCUCUCAGUGGCCACACCCUGUGCGUCUGUACUUACAGCGCCAUGGGCUCCAUCUGCACACUCAGGACCAGAUCGAGAAGACGCCAUGACCCCUGCCCUCAGGGCCCUGCUCUGCCUCGGGCUGAGUGUGGGCCUCAGGACCCCAGUGGAGGCAGGGCCCCUCCCCAAGCCCACCCUCUGGGCUGAGCCAGGCCCUGUGAUCCCCUGGGGGAGCUCGGUGACCAUCUGGUGUCAGGGGACCUCAGAGGGUGAGGAGUACCGUCUGGAGAAAGACGGAAGACCAGCACCAGGGAACGGAGAUAAUCCACUGGAACCCAGGGACAAGGCCAAUUUCUCCAUCACAUACAUGACAGAGCUACAGGCAGGGAUAUAUCACUGUUACUAUGUCAGCCCUGCUGGCUGGUCAGAGCGCAGUGACCCCCUGGAGCUGGUGAUGACGACAGGAACCUCCAGCAAACCCAGCCUCUCAGCCCUGCCCAGCCCUGUGGUGACCUCAGGAGGGAACGUGACCCUCCAGUGUGGCUCAAGGCAGGGAUUUGGCAGGUUCAUUCUGACUAAGGAAGGAGAUCACAGGCUCUACAGGACCCUGGACUCACAGCAACAGCCCAGUGGGUGGUCCCAGGCCCUGUUCCCUGUGGGCCCCGUGACCCCCAGCCACAGGUGGACAUUCAGAUGCUAUGGCUGUUACAGGGACAGGCCCUGGCUGUGCUCACACCCCAGUGAUGCCCUGGAGCUCCUGGUCUCAGGAUCCUCUGGGGACCCCAGCACCCUACCCCCAAAGCUCACCUCCAUGACUGGCCCCUCUGUCGACCCCAGCACCCUACCCCCAAAGCUCACCUCCACGUAUGGUCUUCAAAACUACCAUGAAAUUCUGAUCGGAGUCUCUGUGGCCUUCAUCCUGCUGCUCUUCCUCCUCCUCCUCCUCUUCUUCCUCCUCAAGCAUCGGAACAAACGCAGGAGGUCAGGUGCUUCAAACCUUGAAGUGAAGACCAGAGCACUGCAGAAAAGCUCCAGCUCCAUGGCUGAUGUCCAGGAGAAGAACCAGUGUGCCAGUAACUAUGGAGGAGAUGCUUCCAUAAGAGAAUCCCAACCUGAGGAGGACAGAAAGAUGAACAGCCAGGACACUCCAUCUGAGGAUGCCCAGGAUGUGACCUACGCCCAGCUGAAUCACUUAACCCUCAAACGAGAGACAACUGCACCCCCUCCUCCCCCGUCAGACCAGCUCCAAGUUGAGCCCAGCGUAUAUGCUUCUCUGGCCAUCCACUAGCCCAGGAGGGACUCAGACCUCCCACUCCAGAGAGGGGAAAUGCAGGGACCCCAGAAGGCAUAGGAGCUGCCCCCAUGGACACUCAGCUACUGACCUGAGCCUGUGGAUGUUAUGUAAGCAAGCAGGAUGUCAAGAGACCUUAGACGUCACCUAAUUCUGCAGAAGAAGAUAAAGAUGAGCUCUAUAUCUUUAGAAACAGAACAAUACACUUCUACAUAAUUAGUGAUUGAGAGAAGAAAAUCACAAAUGAAGAUAAAACUUUUUUUUUUUUACUUAAAAGAUAAUGUGACUCAUAUUCUUACUUGAAUGGAAAUGCAGCUGUUACGCAUCAACUGGGAAAAUUAAGUACCUAAAUGGAGUUAUUAGAAAGAGAAGAAAGCCUGACACCCAGCCACCUAGGUGAGCAUUUAAAGAAGUCAAAGAAUAACAAAUGCAUCCCACCGCAGUGGAUGGAAGGAUAUAAAAAUUAUAAAAACAUAUAUUUAUAUGGAAAAGAAUAAAAAAA